AGCACUGCGGAAGGUGGACCGAGCGGAACUCCAGGCGCCACCGGCGGUGUCCCGCGGCGCGGAUCGGUGGCUUCCGGGCGAUGUGAGCGGCGGGGUGCCCAGUGUGAGCCUGGCGUCUGUCUGCUUCAGCCCCGCAGCCGGGCCAUGAGGAGGCCCCCGCUCCCGGUGCGGGCGACUCCGGUAGCAGAGCUGAGCCUGGAACUCAGCCCUGAGGACACUCUACAGCCCAGGAGUCAGUGACAUCUGCUGUUGGAAGCCAGACGAUACACCGGGGAUGGUGGAGACCAAGGACCUGGCACAGCUGCGGCAGCUCAACCUGGAGCUUCUGAGGCAGCUGUGGGUUGGACAGGAUGCCAUGCGGCGGUCAGUGGCCAAGGCCUCCAAGGCAAGCCUGGACUCCAGCAGCAGCUAUGAGUCAGAGAUGCCAUCGUCCCAAGAGAUAUCCUCAAUGGUCCUGAGAGCCCCACGGGAUGCCAACCAGAGUGACCCCUGUGAUGUGUCCUCUCCUGGCGGGGCCGGCUCAGGGGUGAUCUCUCUCUCACCUGCCGAGCGCCAAUACCAGGAGUCUCUGAGCCCAAGGCCCCGCUUGGCACCAUUGCUGACCACCUCAGACUCAAACGACCCAGAGCGAUCAGCAGAGCUAGAGGCACAGUCCCCGAGGCCCAUCCUGGAUCAACAAAGCAAGCUGCCCAAGGAGUCUCCAGUGCCUGAGAGGAGCUGGCGCUUCAGACCCUACCUGGGCUAUGACUGGAUUGCAGAGUCUCUGGAUAACCGCUCGCCCAUCAGCAGCAAGCCCGACGCCUUCUUCUCGGAGCUGCAGGAGUUCCGGGAAGCCCACAGGGAGGACUGUAUUCACAGCGAGCCCGAACCCCCGUUCCUAGGCCCGCGGGAGCACGAUGGUGCCAAGGAAGACCACGAGUGUGUGUACUGUUACCGUGUCAACCGGCGCCUGUUUCUGGUGCCUUCGGACCCCGGCACCCCCUGCCGCUUGUGCAGGACCCCACGGGACCAGCGGGGCCCUGAGACCCUGGCAGAGCCAGCGCAGGUCCGGGUGAGCGUCCCAUUGUCCAUCCUGGACCCCCCGCACCGCCACCGCAUCCACCGGCGGAAGAGCUUCGAUGCCUCUGACACGCUGGCCCUGCCCCGGCACUGCCUGCUAGGCUGGGACAUUCUCCCUCCAAAACCCGAGAAAGGCUCAGCCCCCAAGAGCCUGGACCUCUGGUCCUGUGUCACCUCCGAGGCCCAGCACCGGAAGCUGCCAGGCAGCCCUUCCCACCAGGCCUUGCCAAUGCGGGUCCCACCCCUCACCCCGAUCUGGUCAGAACCCCAGGUGCCCCGGCCCUGCACCCCCUGGCUGAAGCCCUGAGGACUGGCCACUUGGAGGAAGACAGUGCCCCUGCCAUCAUCUCUAGCCUCUCCUCUCUGGCACGGGUGCCCUGGGAGGAGCCCUGCCC